CCGACUGGUGGCCGCAGUGACCGCGAACCCCCGCGACGUCUCGAGGCGAAUCACGCGCGCGACGUCUGCUGGCCUUCCCAGUUCCCUCCCGCUCUAUAUACUAUAUACUUGUAUACGCAUAUACAACGCCGGAUUCCCUCACACACAUCGAAGGCCGCGUAUCACGGUAUAACAGUGUUGGUUAGUCGUCGCGAGUUAGCGAGUAAUCGCGGCAGUCCGGUGCCCGAUCCCCUCGACGACAGUCGUCGCUGGUCGACGUCGAAGUUUCCAUUGCACAUAUAACGAGUACAACACACGCGACUCAUCACGAGAGUUGAGUAAGUAGAUACUCUCUCUCUCUCUCUCUCUCUCUCUGCUGCUGUGAGAAACAACGAAGAUAUAAAAAAUGGGCGAGAAGACAGUGCCGAAUGCCGUCAAGUUCGCCAUCGGCGGCACGUCUGGAAUGGCAGCCACGCUGUUUGUCCAGCCGCUUGACCUCAUAAAGAACCGCAUGCAGUUGAGCGGAAAGAAAACUUCCACUGUAUCGGUUAUUUCCUCGAUUAUGAAAAAUGAAGGUCUGCUGGCCAUGUAUUCUGGACUGUCUGCUGGACUUAUGCGUCAAGCAACUUACACUACCACUAGGCUUGGAAUCUACACAUGGCUGUUUGAAACAGUAUCGAAAGAUGGCCCACCAAACUUCAUCACUAAAGCUGGCCUUGGUAUGCUUGCCGGCUGCGUGGGUGCUUUUGUUGGAACCCCAGCUGAAGUGGCAUUAAUCAGAAUGACAGCUGAUGGUAGAUUGCCACUAGCCGAAAGAAGAAACUAUAAAAAUGUGUUUGAUGCACUGUUUCGUAUAACAAGAGAAGAAGGACUGUUCACAUUGUGGAGAGGAGCAAUUCCCACAAUGGGCCGUGCAAUGGUAGUUAACGCAGCUCAAUUAGCUUCAUAUUCGCAAGCUAAACAAGCUCUUCUUGAUACAGGGUAUUUCGAGGAAAAUAUAACUUUGCACUUUGCAAGUUCUAUGAUUUCUGGUCUAGUCACAACUGCGGCUUCAAUGCCUGUGGAUAUUGCUAAAACAAGAAUACAAAAUAUGAAAACAAUAAAUGGGAAACCAGAAUUUACUGGUGCCAUUGAUGUAUUGACCAAGGUGGUGCGCAAUGAAGGAUUGUUUGCAUUGUGGAAAGGAUUCUUCCCCUACUAUGCUCGUCUGGGACCCCACACUGUUUUGACAUUCAUCUUCUUAGAACAAAUGACUUCUGCAUACAAAAAGUUUGCAUGAUUGAACAAAUAAUCAUUUCUAUAAUGAUUCCACGUUACUAAGAACCGGAAAACCGAUAUUACAAGCUUCAAAGAUUUUUUUUAUUUUCUUUAUACAUACGCUUUUGAGAAACGAAACAUUCUUUAUGCAUUCUUUUGUAACGACAGGGUCGUCCGGCACGAUUCUAGAAGCUCUUGUUCAUUACAGUUGUUUGAUUAUUUCAGAUACAGCUUUCAUUGUUAUCAGUGUCAAGUGUAAUGUUUGAUAGGCCAUUGUUAUCGAGUUAAGACUCCAUGUACAAAGCGAAAUAAGGAUAGUUAGAGUAUACAACUAUUUUUACAAUAAAAAAAUGUUGUUGCCAAAAUAGUUUUACUAAGUUUUAUAUGAUAAGGGGCAACAAGCAUGUAAAUGUGUGUGAACAUAAUUUCGAAAUUUGCGUGAAAACUACAUAUUUCACAAAUUACAAUUUCAAAGAACUUCAAGCAGUGCCAUUUAACGUUAGGUAAUCUUCGCUGGUUAUUACACCUUGCGACGCGUCAACAAAUCAAGACCUGUCGAAAAAAAUGGUUAUAAAUUGCGAACUUUCCUUCGUCAUUUAUCUACCUUAUUGACGAAGUUGAAUAAUCGCAUGCGGUUUACGUAAAAAGUCAUAUUUAUUACUAAAUUCUCUGUUACUAUUAUCAUCAUCAUCGUUAUAAUUAUUAUUCUCUUAAAUGUGAAGAUUUGCAAAUAAAGGUUUUCAAUAGAAAUUCUGAAUCAUUGUAAACCAGCAUGUAUUUAGAUGCUCAUGGUCCCUUAGUUGUAAAAAUCGUUAUCGAUAUAUCGUUUCCAAAACAAUAUUUUAUUUUAGACUACUAUAUUUAUAUUGUUCUAUUUUCUUUUGUAUAAUAAAAUACCGAUUUCUGUUGAUUUUA